AUGGUGAUUUUGACUGUGUCUGUGAGUGUGUUUGUGACCUGCGAUUGCCGGAAGAAGUCUCCUUCUGGUUUGGCCAGAGACCACAGUGCUCACCUGCUUUCACCAGCCUCUUCUGCACCAAGAAGCCCAGCAUAUCCCACAAAAGUCCUGGAAUUUAAGAAGGAUCUGAAACAUCGUGUGUUUCCAGUGACACAGGAAGAGAUGCAAUUUCAACCAGAAUCUCUCUGUCGGCAGUUAUUCUCAGAUCAUGAAGGACUGGAGCAAUUCAUGAAGACACAGAUCUAUCCUUGUUCUCAGGGGGUUGUGAUAUUUUCUAGAAGCUGGGCUAGCGAUAUUGGUUUAAGGAAAGAGGAGAAUGUCCUGUGUGAUGCACUCUUGAUAGCCGUUAACAGCCCCUUGGUACUCUAUACCAUCAUAAAAGACCCUAGCUGGAUGGGAGGUCUUCAAUAUGCCAAAGACACUGCCCUGCAGUUAAAGCAGAAACUGCAAACUGAGGGUGGCUAUACAGGGAAGGUGUGCAUCAUUCCAAGGCUGACACCUCUGACCAGCUGGCCAGAUGGACCUUGUGAAUUCCCUAUGUACUACCCCCAGUCCUACAGGCUCUCCAGUGAAGAAGUGGAGGACAUCUUGCAGGCCCUUGUGGUCGUCUCCUUCUGCUCUACAUCUCUUCUGAGUGACUGCCUGGGCUGUGAGUACUUCGACCUGCUUGUAACAGAGCAGUGUGAGUUGCUUUCCCAGAGCCUUCAUGAAACUUCGGAAUUGUUCAUCCACUGCUUUCCAGGAACCCGGAAGACAGCCCUGGCCAUGAAGAUCAUGGGAAAAAUUAAAGACUUCUUCCAUUGCAAACCAAAAGAGAUCCUCUAUGUUUGUGAAAGUGACUCCCUCAAGGGUUUGGUGAGCCAACAAACCCCCUUCCGUGCUGUGACCCGGAACGUGUUCAUGCAAGGAGAUUUCUCAAGGAUUAAGCACAUAGUGAUGGAUGAGACAGAGAAUUUCUGCAGUAAAUAUGGAAAUUGGUACCUGAAGGCCAGGAGCAUCACUCACCCUAAGGAGAAGGGGGAUGGAAGUGAAAACCCUCAGCACAGGAUCCUCUGGCUUUUUCUAGACCCUUUCCAAGUCCAUCAUGCAGAAGUCAAUGGCCUCCCACCUCCUUCUGCUCGAUUUCCUCGGAGAACAAUCACCAAUGGGAUCCACUGUGCUUGGGAAAUAGCAAUGGUCAUGAAGGAAGAAAUGGAAAGGAUCAGAGAAAACCCUCUCUCCCAUGUGUCUCCAGACAGUGUGGCAUUGUUCCAGGAAGCUGUCUAUGAGGAAGCCAUGUGUGCCCAGGCUCCACCUGGGGUGUAUGAAAUCAAGACCCAAAUGACCACAGAACAAAUAGCAAAGUAUGUGGCAGAAAAGUGUCACAGCUUGUUCCAAUGGGGCUAUCUGCCCAAGGAUAUAGCAGUCCUAUACAGGAGACCGGAGGAAAGAGGGCGCUACGAGCCUGUGCUCCUAAGAGAAAUGAACUUAAUUCACACCCAAGAAGCAACAGAGGUGGUGUUCAGCAGGGCUGCAGGUGUUCAGGACAAUCGCAUUGUUUUAGACAGUGUUCAGCAGUUCUCAGGCCUUCAAAGGAAUAUUGUGUUUGGGCUUAGUUCAGAAGGUGCCCAGCCAGAGGAAUUUCAAAAGCUCUGCUUUGCUUCAAGAGCCAUUAGCCAUCUCUAUCUGCUCUAUGAAAAGAGGAAAGCCUUCUGA